AUGAACACAAAAUCUAUUGAUGUUACAUCGAAUAGAUUAUCAUCAAUUACUAUUGAUCAUCAUACAUUUAAUAAUAUGAAAGAUAUACAUAAGAAAAAUUAUCUAUUUCAAAAUCUUAAAUUGUGUCAACCAAUAAAUAACAAUCAAUCACCUAUUGAACAACAAGAUUUUCGAUCACGUCAAACACUUAUAUCAAUUUUAAUUUGUUUACUUGUUUUAACUAGUGUGACAAUUAUUGUAUACCAGAUUUUGAAAUAUUUUAUUCAUGAAAAUAUUUCAAAAAAGAUCACAAUAAAUUGUAAGAAUACAAAUCAAACACAUACUAGAUGA